AUGGUAGCCACUGUUAAACAAAUGUCUUUGAUUGUGUCAGCCUUUGGCAUCAUGUCAUUCAUUUUAGGGGUUAUUGGAGAAAACAAGAAGCCUGCAGCUGGAAAAGCAAUACCUAAUGUUGAUGGUGUUUCUGUUACGUGUCAGUAUCCAUAUGAUCCAACGGUUGUGUUAGGGUUUCUUUCUGCAAUAUUUCUUAUUGCAUCAAGUGUGGUUGGGUAUCUCUCUCUAUUUUACCCUUACAAUGGAAAGUCUAUUCCACAAGGAACUUUGUUAAAACACACUUCUUUCGCAAUAUUCUUAAACGUCGCAUUGUUUACUACUGGAUUAGCUGCAAUGGCUAUAUUAUGGCCAACGAUCACCGAACAUAUUCACUUGACUCGCAAUGUGCACCGUGAUGUUAACUACGAAUGUCCUACGGCUAAAACAGGUAUACUUGGAGGUGGUGCAUUUCUAUCUCUUGACUCGUCGCUUCUUUGGUUGGUUGCACUUAUGCUAGCUGGUAAUGCUCGUGAGGAUUUUUUUGAAGAACAAGGAAACAAAAAGGAAUCUAAUGUUGAAGUUGAUGUAAGCGAUUGA